UUGAAAUUUGCCAGAAGGUAUCGGAAAUAAUAUAGUGUUGUUUUGAGGAUCCUUGGCUGAUAAAUUUUGAGAAGCUUGCAUCUAUUGUGCUUGAAAGCUCUUUUGACUUAAAAUGAAGCUUAAAAGACUGAAGCAUCAUGAUUUGAUUUAUACUGUAAUCUACAGAGACAAUGGCCUUGAGUGGUAUUAUGUUCCUGGUCCUCAUGGAAGACUUUGUGUAUGUGUCGCUGAUGAAAGGGAUAUUGCCUCCGGUCUUCUUACUAACACAGCAGAACUUGACCGGAGGCAAGAUUUACCAGAUGGUAAAAAUGGAGCUGGGGCUCAGAAUGAGCUUCAUUUCUACAGGAACAAAUUUUGAGCCCCAGCUCCUUUCUUCCUCUCCAAUUUUCAAAAACCCAGUCCCACACCUUCACCCCUUUCCACUCCCUCCUCCUCCCUUUUUAAAUAUUAA